UGAGGACCAUAUGACCGAGGAGAGAGGGGGGUGAGAAGGAUUAGAGGAAGCUGAAAGAUCCGGACAGACGAGCUGACACUAACAUAACCCGAAGAUGAAGAAAUGUAAACACUUACCUUCAAUUUCCUAACUGGAUACCAUGAAACCCCUAACAUUAUGUUGGACGGUGCUGGAGGAUGACUGAAUAACUGUGUCAUUUGACUUUACAGGAGCUAGAAGAAUGGCACCUUUCAUGAUGAGCUUUGCUGUGAUUCUUUCAUUAACAUCAAGCUUCUUCAGCUGGUCCUCAGCUCUGUAUUCCAACAGCAGAAAAGAUACUCAAACAGCAGUUGCUGUCACCAAGAGGCUGCAGUUUUUGCUUGAACCACCCGUGUUUGCUGAAAUCAUUGGCAGACGAGGAGAAAACGUCACCUUACCUUGCAUCCUCAGAAUUAAACCAAAGCAUUACAAAGUCAAAUGGACAAAGGUGGAACCAGAACGGAUUGGUCUGGAGAGUAUUGUCAUGAUGUCUAAUGAAAAAGCCUUCAAACCAUAUGGCCACCUUGGACAGAGAGCUUCUCUUCGGAGGGCCCAUGCCAUGGACGCUUCACUGCUGCUCCGCCAUCUUGAGCUGGACGAUGGGGGCCAAUAUCGCUGUGAGCUGAUAAACGGCAUAGAAGAUGAGAACGUAAUUAUUACUUUGAGAAUUGAAGGUGUGGUUUUUCCAUAUCAGAGUAAAUAUGGUCGCUAUCGGUUCACCUACCCUGAAGCCAAGGAUGCUUGUGUUCAGCAAGAUGCCAGACUAGCCACAUAUGAUCAACUCUACAGAGCCUGGACCGAGGGUCUGGACUGGUGUAAUGCAGGUUGGCUUCAUGACGGAACCGUCCAUUAUCCAAUCAUACAUCCACGACCGGUCUGUGGAGGAGAGCUGCUUCCAGGCAUCCGCAGUUAUGGACCAAAAGACAAAACCCACGACCGCUUUGAUGCUUUCUGCUUCACUUCCCAGAACAAUGGAUCUCUUUUCUACAUUUCGGGGGCCCUUUCCUAUGAUCAGGCGGAGCACGCUUGCAAGACUCGAGGAUCAGAGUUGGCCUUGGUGGGCCAGCUUUAUGCUGCCUGGCGUUUUCAGAACUAUGACCGAUGUGAUGGCGGAUGGCUUAAAGACGGCAGUGUUCGGUUUCCCAUCAGCAACCCCAGGAAUCGAUGUGGGGGCGUGGCAGAAGCAGGGGUCCGCACGUUUGGCUUCCCCAACAAGAUGAUGCACCUUUAUGGAGCCUAUUGUUACAGAUAACCUAAAAGUAUCAAAGACAACAAAACCUGGAUUAUAACGAUCAGAUAUUAUUCACUCACUGCUAGCUUUUAUUGCUGUGGCUUGCCUAAAUAUGUCGGUGAAGGUUCUCAUUCCGUAAAGAUUUGAAAAUGUACUGGUGUCAAUAAAAAGUGGUUCAUUCACAGCAGCUGAUACUCACAAAAGCUAGUCCCUCCCUGAAUCGCUGUAAUAACAAUAUAUUCAAAAAUUCUAAUAUCUAUUAUUUCUCCCUUAGUUACAUGUGAACGGAACAUUAAAACUUUAGAAUACAGGUGC